GAAGGGAGAUGAAGUAAAUGACAACAACAUACUUUGUUUGGCGACUCUUCUGAGUGGAACACUUGUUUAUAACUUGCUUGGAGUCAUAGACGAGAAGCAGCUGAAAAAUCUGUCGUUUGUGGCUCAAAUUUCAAAGAAGAUUGCUUUAAGUAACACUCUACCUCAGGACGACCUGAAGGUUAUUCCAGAUAUUGGUUUCUUUUUCCCAUCGUUUGUUUUAUGUCUCCGUGAUUUCUUCCUUGAAAUGGCCAAUGGAGAAACACCAGAUAAUUACUUCGAAAAAUGUCUGCAAGUAAAGAAAGGAGAUGCGAAAAAAAAUUACAAAAUACAAUACUAUCCGAGUAGCAAUACUGGAAAAUUUUCAAAGAAGAAAAUGUUUCACUUUUGACAGGCCAACGGGACGUAAAAACCUGGCCCGAUUAGAAGAUGUAGCAGAGUCAGAACUAGGAAAGGACUUUCUCAAUGACACAGAAUUGUCUGUAGAGUAUAUGCACAGUUGUGAACCAAAGAUCCUAAUGGAUGAAAGUCUUGUAAAUGGAAGAAUGUUUUCCUCAUUGGCGGAGCAAUACACAGAGUAUUUAAGAUCUGGGAUGGUACCAUGUAUCGAUGACGCACUCACUAUAAUGUCAUACCAAGAGAACAGAAUAGCUCUUAAAAAUGCGGUUGACCUGUUCAAGCAGCAGAUAGAAGCCAUAGAACUGCCUUUACCCGAUGAUUUUGAGUUAAGGUACAAACAAACGCAGAGAGAUGCACUGAAAAUAUUUCGGAAAAUGGCCGUUUUAGAUGAUUACCAAACGUUUCAGAAAAUAGCAGAGGUAAAUGUACUCUUUGAAUUUUUAAAUACAAUCUGGUAACCACUGCUUACA